AUGACACUUAAAGUGUUAUUCGUGCCGCUCUUAUUGGACGGUCACGUAAAUCCCUGUAUAGGUAUUGCCAAACAAUUGCUGGCCGACGGACACCGCGUGUUGUUUACGGCGGACGACGUUUGGCGGCCAAAACUGGCCGCUCGUGGCAUCAAAACGGUAGAGUUGGCCACUAGUAAUGCUACAGAAGAUAGGACUCAAAUGAUGAUCCCUAUGGAUAUAAUUGGCGGCGCGUCGCCCAUAGAGAAGGCCCGACUCGGGGCCGGAAGGGCACAGUUUUGGACAAAACAGGCCCAGUAUUUGGACACACAGUUGGCCGGUCUGUUGCCCGCCAUUCGGCCCGAUGUUAUAAUUGUGAAUCAGUUGGUGACACUGCCAUCAGUGGUGUUGUCGGCCAUACCGUGUGUGUGGUGUUGGAGUGUCAACCCUCUCAACAUGGUCGAUGAUGAGAGGACACCGCCCACUGCGUCAGGACUGUCCGCAACGGGAGACCCAAAACUGUGGCACGAGUUUCGCCAAUUGGUUAGAGACGUGAAGAGCGAAAAGUGGCGGGCGUUUAACGAUUGGGUGGUCGGUCGGGGCUGCGAUCCACUGCCCGAACACAGCUUUCAUAACCCGUCGCGUUAUCUUCAUAUAUACGGCUACCCCUUGGAGUUGGACUUUCAGGACAUCCGGCCGUUGGUCACUACCGCCGAACCCGAGGUCGGCCGGCCAUAUAGAUUAUAUCAUUGGACUCCUUAUGUAAUGUACUUUCAUUUUAUAUUGUCAAAUCCCGAUUGCCAGCUUAGCCGGCUCCCGACAUCCUACUUUUUGACUUACAAAUAA